UGUUGCGUAGCGAGCUACACUAGCGCAGAUUGCGCAGGUUGCGCGGGCAGGGUGCGGGGCGCAGGCUGGCGUUUGACAGCGAGAACAACGAGAACAGUGGGAAUCGUGAGUCUUUCGUGGGAAAUGGUGGGAAACGUGCUCCUUCCUCGUGAGUCUUGUGGAUACUCGCGGUUUUUAUCAGUCGCACUGGACUGUUAACCGUAUGUUGUUUCAUGGAAUUUGUCGCGCGUACAACAUUUCGAGGUCGCGGUAUACCGGACGAAGCUGCAUUCCGAGAUCUCGAAAAGCCAACAGUACAAAAUGAAGCCUUUGAUCGAAUUCGAGGAAUGCUUACGAGAUACUCCCAAGUUUCGGUAUUAAAAAGCUGCAGUCUGACCAUUGAUACUGGAAAGGCCUUUGUUGGGCAACAAAACCAAUUUGCCAAUAGUCUAUGGGAAUUAUCAUUGUACUUUAGCGAUGACCCAGAAGUAAUGGCAUUCUUAAAUAAACUCAUCCAUGCUUUACAAGAAAUGAAUAAAUAUCAUACCAUUUUAUUGGACCAAGCAUCUAGGACUGUGAUGAAGGAUCUUAAUAAUUUUACUAAAACUCACAUCAAGAGAACGAAAGAAACACGGCAUUAUUUUGAAAGAAUUUCUAGUGAUCUUGAUAUUGCACUGAAUAGAAACUCUCAAGUACCGAAAUCUCGAUCUGCAGAAUAUGAGGAAGUAUCAAAUAUUUUGUCGGCUACUCGAUCGUGUUUUCGACACACCGCGUUAGAUUAUAUUCACGCAUUGACAAUGCUGCAAGCGCACAAACGACAUGAAAUAUUAGGUACAUUGCUGAGUUACAUGCACGCAUGCAUUACUUAUUAUCAUCAAGGUAGCGAUCUUGCUCAAGAUUUAGAUCCUUUUCUGAAAGAUCUCGAUGAAAAUUUAGUCAAGAUGAGAAGUGAUUCGAAUAAACUGGAAAAGGAAAUGGAAAAUCGUCAUAUUUAUGUCAAUAAUCAAGAUCUGAUCCCUCUUCCGGUACCUGGUAAUACCAAAAUGGAAGGUUAUUUAUUUAAAAGGACUAGUAACGCUUUCAAAACUUGGAACAGAAGAUGGUUCUGUUUAAAGGAUCAUCAACUGGUAUACCGAAAACGAACAGGUGACGAAGGAUAUACAAUUAUGGAAGAAGAUUUGCGACUAUGUACUGUGAAACCUGUGGUUGAUUGCGACAGAAGAAAUUGUUUUGAAGUUUUAAGUCCGACAAAGAGUCACAUGUUGCAAGCAGACAGCGUAGAAACAUAUUUGGCAUGGGUGGCUGCGAUACAGCAAGCUAUCGGUGCUGCUAUUCAGAGAGGCAUGAGUCUAGGUACUAGUGUUAAUCCACACGAAUCACAAUUAUGCAAUAGUAAGGGCCCUGCGAGACCAUUAACAAAACCAAAAUCAAGAGUAUGGGAACAGUUGUUAAAAAUCUCAGGUAACGAGGUUUGUUGCGAUUGCGGCGAUGUUAAUCCGAGAUGGGCUAGCAUCAAUCUAGGCAUUACACUUUGCAUAGAAUGUUCCGGUGUACAUAGAAGUCUUGGGGUACAUUAUAGUAAAGUUCGAUCUCUAACUUUGGAUGAUUGGGAACCAGAGAUACUUAAAGUAAUGGCAGAAUUAGGCAAUUCCGUGGUGAAUAGUAUAUACGAAGCUUUACCUAUAUCUUCCGAUAUUAUUAAAGCUACGCCAAAAUGCAAUGGUAACGUUCGAGAAGCUUGGAUAAAGUCCAAAUAUGUAGAUCGUAAAUUCGUAAAAGCUUUGACUGAAGUCGUAUCAACCGGGCAUCACGCUAGUCGAGAACAAAUGCGAUUUCGAAAAUGGAGCGUGCGUAAGCUACGCCGCAGACCACGCAGUUGCGAUAAAAUCGAUAAUAGUAAUGUUCAUAAAACAUCAACAUUGUCAUCUGUAAAAGAAAGUCAUCCUUCAACAAGCUCGGAUGAAAGCAAACAUACGUCAAUCGAUAGUUUAAAUUCUGUUGACAAGAUUAAAAAAACAGAACGAAAUUCCGUAAGCUCGGAUGAUAGUGCCAAUAUGGAUUUAAAAAACAACUCCUCUCUUUAUGGAAAGAUUUUAAAUCGUUCCCAGAACAAUCUGAAUGAUGCUAACAAAUAUGUUAGGAAUAUCGUAGCUCAUGGAGAAGUUGUAAGCGAUGAAUUGCUGAAAGGUCUCGAUCCGAUAGAAAGCGAACGAAAACUGAAUACAGCAUUGACAGCUAAUAUUAAUAUAGUCUCAGUUGGCGAAUCGAAUGAUAAUUCCAAUAAACAUAUUGAUAACAAAGUCAAGCAUGAUAACAAAAACAUUUCAGGUAAUAAAGACUUUGGAACAGAGAUGCAUUGUAACGCAAAAAAAGCAGAAUCAGCCGUAUUAAUGUUUGGUUGCGAUGUACCGAAACCCGCUAUCGAUGAUAAUUUAGAAUUGAGUUCCGAUCAAGAUUCAACUGCUGGUGAGGAUGAAGAACUUACCGAUGAAGAAGAUAUAGAAAAUCUGCAUCCUGAAAUGCUGCUUUACAAAGCUGCUGCGGCACAUAAUUUACCUGUAAUGUGUGCGGCAUUAGCAGCCGGUGCUGACAAAUUAUGGUCCAAUAUUAACGAUAAAAGCCGCAAUGCUCUGCAUCAAGCGAUAAUAAGUGGUUCUGUUAUGUCGUGUGAAUAUCUUCUGUUAAAUGGUGCACGAAUUAAUUGUCAAGACGCCGAGGGGAAAACGCCAUUGCAUUUAGCGACAGAAUUAGGACAUACUGCACAAGUAUGCUUGCUUCUUAAACAUCGUGCCGAUCAACACAUUGAAGAUGAAAGCGGAAUAAAACCUUUAUCGAUCGCUGUAAAAGAAGCAAAUGCUGACAUUGUUACCUUAUUACGACUUGGUCUCCUGAAUGAAGAAAUGAAGGAUUCUGAAAUAGGCGUUACCGGUGAUGAAACAUUCAAUGAUGUCGUCCGUGACUUCAGUCAAUUGGCUUGUUCGCAUCCAGAACGAUUGCAACGUCGAACUGAAGCCAUGAAUUUACCACAUACAUCUGAUUGAAAUUUACAAAUUCUAACACAGAAUAUUAUGAGUUUACGAAUGAAUAUUUUAUAUAAAAAUUACAAAGAUACGCGCGUUGCCCUUUAAAUUGUUGCGGGAUAUUAAUUGAAAUACCAUAUUAAUAUAAGUGAAAGCUGACAUUUGAAAUUGUUAUGCAUGAAAAAUUAUCUCAAUUGUCUUUAUUCAUUCCAAACAAUCGAUAUCUAAAAUGAUUCAAUUAUAUAUUCUCUUAGCUUUUGAUAUAUCUCAUAAUAUUGGAAUAAUAUUUAAACUGCGA